CAUCCACAUAUUUGUAAGCUCGGCAAUUAGUUUGAUAUUUUGAGCAUUUCUUUUGUCAGAAGAAAAUUGUGCCUAAUCUUAUCCGGUUACUACAAAACGAGAGAGGAACCCCUCAUAAUUCACCAACUCUCAGAAAAUGGAAGUAGCUAGUUUGUACAACAUCACACUCAGCUUCUUUCUUCUCCUCUUUGUGUUAGUUUUCAAAUCCAUCAUACAAAAACGUAAUAGUCCGAGAAAUUUCCCACCUAGCCCUCCUGCUUUGCCAAUCAUCGGUCAUCUCCAUCUUCUAAAGGAACCGCUUCAUCGAACUCUUCAUGAACUUUCAGAGAAUUAUGGCCCCAUUCUGUACCUUCAAUUCGGAACUCGUAAAGUUCUUAUAGUCUCCUCAGCAUCAGCAGCUGAAGAGUGCUUUACAAAAAAUGAUAUCAUUUUUGCAAACCGCCCUCAGUUGCUUGCUGGCAAACAUCUCAAUUACAACAACGCUACGAUAGGAUUAGCACCCUACGGUGAUUAUUGGCGUAACCUUAGGCGCCUCACCACCUUGGAACUCUUCUCCACGAGCCGGCUUGCCAUGUUUGCUGGCGUUCGGCAAGAGGAAGUUCAGUUAUUGCUAAAGGAACUAUUCCUGGCCUCGAGCAGAAAACCAGCUAUGGUGGAAGUUACAUCAAAGCUUAUAGAGCUUGCUUUCAAUAUUAUGCUAAGGAUGAUUGCGGGAAAGCGUUAUUAUGGGAAAGAUGCAGUGGACGAAGAAGCAAAGCAAUUCCGAGACCUCAUGAGAGAGUUUGUGGAGAUUCAUGGAAGCGCAAAUUUGAAUGACUUUUUGCCUGCGCUGCAAUGGGUAGAUUUUCAAGGAGUAGAGAAGAGGAUGAAAAGAAUUAUGAAGAAGCUUGACAAAUUCUUACAAUCCCUUCUCGAAGAGCAUAGGAGAAUGAGGGAAGAUUCAACAGAGUCUUUAGAUGCAUCUGAUGCAAGCAAAAGAGGGAGAAAAGCAACUUUAAUCGACGUCAUGUUAUCCCUGCAACAAACAGAACCGGAAUUUUAUACUGAUGAGACCAUAAAAGGAGUUAUUCUGGCAAUGCUAAUUGCUGGAACUGAAACUUCAGCGACUACAAUAGAAUGGGCUAUGUCACUUCUUCUUAACCAUCCUGAAGUAAUGCAUAAAGCUUGGACUGAAAUAGGUGCUAAAGUUGGACAAGACAAGUUCCUGGAUGAAACAGACCUGACAAAGCUGAAUUAUCUACAAUCUAUAAUUUCUGAGACGUUGCGGUUAUUUCCGCCUGGACCAUUGCUCUUACCACAUGAAUCAUCAGAAGACUGCAUUGUUUGUGGCUACACCGUUCCGCGUGCCACAAUGUUAUUUAUCAACGCCUGGACUAUCCAGAGGGACCCCAAGCUCUGGGUGGACGCCACAAGGUUUAUGCCAGAGAGAUUUGAAGGUGGGGAAGGUGAAGGGUGUAAACUACUUCCGUUUGGUGUUGGAAGGCGGGCAUGCCCUGGAGCUGUUUUAGCCAAGAGAGUGGUAGCACUGGCACUUGGUGCCCUGAUUCAGUCCUUCGAGUGGAAUAGGAUUGGCACGGAGGAAAUCAAUAUGAGGGAAGGCACAGGGCUCACCAUGCCGAAAGCUGAGCCCUUGGUGGCUUUGUGCAAUCCCCGGGCAGACAUGAUCAACCUCCUCUCCACACUGUGACGUGAAGUCUCUGGUAACAGGAGAUACUAGCAUUAUGAAAUAUGAGCACUCGCAUUUACGGGAGCACAGAGGGAUAGACUUUGUUAAGCUUAUAUGCAUAUAGAAGCCACUCUUGGAAUAAAGUAUUAAGGUAAAGCCGCCCAAGUGCCUGCGAGUUUAUGAUCCUUCUAUGUAUUAAAAGUCAAGAUGAUUAAAGAUUCCUUAAGAGUUUUCCUUAUAAUGAACUUACAUAGAUCAAAACUUGCAAAUA